AUGAUAAAGGAAAUAUUCGCCAGAGAAUUCAACAACUUCAGCAGCCGAGGGCACCUGCUGCGCAUCCACGAGCUGGAACCGACGCUGGAGCGCAACUUGGUGCUCGUCGGCGGCCGCCAAUGGAAGGAAACGAGAAGCUGCAUGCAGCAGUUCUUCACGCCAGCGAAACUGAAAGUGGUGAUGCCUGCCUUAGCGGACGCCCAACGCGAGUUCCUCAACAUCCUGGGCGAGUGCGCCGACAGCGGCGCCGAAGUGGACAUCGGCUCUCGCUGCGAACGGUUCACCUUUGACGUCAUCAGCAAGGCGGCGUUCAACCUGGACACCCAGGUCCAGCGCCAUCCGGAGAACCCGCUUUUCCAGACGGCGCUGCUCUGCUUCCCUCACAUCAUGAAGGGCUUCCUGCAUAACUUGGGCCUGAACCUUUACCAUUGGCCAUGGGUUAUCAAGGUAUUCCAGAAGCCCAUCAGCUUCUUCUUCACAAAUCAUCUAGUCCAAAUGACCAAGCACGCAGCCGAGCUAAUCAAAUUCCGUCACCAAAACCCGCAGGUUGAUGAGCCCGACAUGGCUCAGCUCCUCUUGGACGAUGCACUCGAAAAGAGGGACUCGGCAACCAAGAAAAAUGAAGCGGCGGCAAAGAGAACCGAGUUUUAA